UCCAGCUUGUUCGGGCGUGUUGUAUGUAUCGUUUUCAGACACUGCAUUUCGUAAAACAGGAAUUACCACGAACAGAUUCCGAUAAUGAAACAAAGCUCUUACGUUGCUAGGUUAAAAAUAGAUGUUUUAGGUGUUACUUAGUUGGAUUCAUAUCGUACCAAGGAACGGGAGGUCCGCUGUCCUUGUUCAUGUUGAGGUUUGUAGGGAAUGGGAGAGGAGAGUUGGUUAAACAGCCGACUGUAUUCAUAGAAUUAAACAGAGGAGGUUAUAUAAGCUAGACCAAGUACAUGAAAUUAUCACGGCUAGUGAAAACAUACCUGUACUUCCCGGUGUUGUGCCGAAAACAUCCCUCCAGCCGAUAUCCCUCUCCCCUCGCGUGAACUCGCACUUUCUCCAUUCUCAUUGCUGCGACUUGUUUGCUCGUUGAGAGGAGAUGGAGGACAAAUCCAGCCUGCUGCUCUCCUUCCAGGCUGAGGUCAAGCAAGAACCACUAGAUGCUGAUUGUGACAGUAAAGCUCAGUGUUCAUUGGUGGAUUCAGAGAUGACAUCAGUGAAGCAGGAAGACUGCAGUCAAACACUGGGACUGAAUGAUAUUAAAUAUGAAGAGGAGGAGAUUGGGGAUUUAACUAAAAAAGAUGAGAUUGCUGAAAUUGAUGCUUUUCCUACAUCUGGAGAGCAACAACAGGAAGAUCACAAAGAUAAGAAGUCCCACCUCUGUCCCUAUUGUGGAAAAUGUUUCUUAACUACAUCACAUUUAAAAAGACACAUUAACAUACAUACCUACUCAUGUUCAGAGUGUGGGAAAAGUUUCUCAAAACUAGGGCGCCUUACAGCUCACCAGCGCAUACAUACUGGAGAGAAGCCUUACUCCUGCUCUGUGUGUGGGAAAAAAUUCUCUAAGCCUGGUAGACUAAAUGAUCACCAGCGCAUACAUACCGGAGAGAAGCCUUACUCCUGUUCUGACUGUGAGAAGUGUUUCACUAGUUUAAGUAGCCUAAAAGUUCACCAGCGCAUACAUACUGGAGAAAAGCCUUACUUGUGCUCUGAUUGUGGAAAUAGUUUCUUUAAAUUAGCUAACCUAAAAAAUCACCUGCGCCAACAUACUGGAGAGAAGCCUUACUCCUGUUCUGACUGUGGGAAGAGUUUCACUCUAUUAAAAACCCUAAAAUAUCACCAGCUCAUACAUACAGGAGAGAAGCCUUAUUCCUGUUCUAACUGUGGACAUAGUUUUUCUAGAUUAGGUAUCCUAAACCGUCACCAGCGCAUACAUACUGGAGAGAAGCCUUACUCGUGUUCUGACUGUGGGAGAAGUUUCUCUCAUUCUGGAACCCUAAAACGUCACCAGCUCAUACAUACAGGAGAGAAGCCUUACUCAUGUUCUGACUGUGGGAGACAUUUCUCUCAUUCUGGAACCUUAAAACGUCACCAGCUCAUACAUACAGGAGAGAAGCCUUACUCCUGUUCUGACUGUGGGAAGAGUUUCACUCAAUCAAAAAACCUAAAAUGUCACCAGCUCAUACAUACAGGAGAAAAGCUGUACUCCUGUUCUGACUGUGGGCAGAGUUUCUCUCUAUUAUCAGGCCUUACAGCUCACCAGCGCAUACAUACUGGAGGGAAGCCAUACUGCUGUUCUGACUGUGGGAAGAGUUUUUCUAGAUUUGAUAGCCUAAAUAAUCACCAGCGCAUACAUACUGGAGAGAAACCUUACUCCUGUUCUCACUGCGGGAAGAGGUUCUCUCAAUCCAGGACCCUAAAGUGUCACCAGCUCGUACAUACAGCAGAGAGAAGCCAUACUCCUGUUCUGAAUGUGGGAAGAGUUUCACUCAAAUAACCAGUCUUAAAAGUCACCAGGUCAUACAUACUGGAGAGUAGUAUUACUGCUGUUAGUGGGAAGAGUUUUUCUCAGUUAGUUCAUCUGAAAUCUCCCCAGCGCAUACAUACUGGAGAGGAGCCUUAACGGUAUGAUACACCUACCAAGACCAUGCACCCAGCUCCCGUUCAUUUCAUAUGGAUAUGUAGCGUCGACAUGUGAUUUGUGUAGCGGGAGGCUGAGCUGCACAUUUCAGGCUUGGGAACAAGCUAACUAUUGUGUCACCGUCAUUAUUACCCUCCUAUAAUUAAUCACCAUGGUUACAGUUGGGUUUUCCUGGAACUUCUUGUUGGACAAUCAAAGUGGUGUUUCCUAUGUUUAUCCUUCAAAUUUUUUUAAUUUGUGCUGUAAAAUAGUCUUUCUUUUCUGUAUCACAAUGACAUUGUACUGUUAUUUGUAGGCAGACCAACAGUAAAAGUGUAAAUGUGAAUCCUGUCCCAUCUCUUGCCAUCGUUAUCCCACCCACAGUAAUGUGUAAGUUUGUACUGUUGAUAUUGAUACAUGCCAUAAAGUGCCUUGUACAUUUUCAA